AUGUGGACUUGUCUGACAGGACUGCUGUUGCUCUGUGUUGUGUCGUUCACAGCAGCUCAGCGCAUACAGGUGGGAGAGAUUGACUGCGCGGCUGAUUCCAACACAUGGACCAAAGUCCCCCAAGACUCGCCAGGGAGAAAUAACCCGAGAGAAUCGCUUUCAUCUGUCACCUUUGCGUCUCCUUACUGCAGGCCACCGAAAGUGCUUCUUACAGUCUCACACUUGGAUGCUGAUCACACGUUGAAUCUGAGGUACAUCGCCAGGCUGUAUUCCGUCACACCUACAGGGUUUAACGCCAGUUGUUACACCUGGCAUGAUACGAAAAUCUACAGGAUGAAACUCAACUGGUUGUCUCUGGAAGAUUAA